AUGAAAAAGAAGUAUCAAGGCUCUGCAAGAGAAAAGAGGCAGCAGCUUCAAGCUUUACGCUCGGAAUUCGAAACACUUCGAAUCAAGUCGAGAGAAUCAAUUGCAGAUUAUUUCUCUCGCGUGAUGACCAUUGUCAAUAAAAUGCGAAUUCAUGGAGAUAGGACAGAAGAAAUAAUUGUCAUAGAAAAAAUUCUUCGAUCAUUAACAGCAAAAUUUAACUUUGUUGUUUGUGCUAUAGAAGAAUCUAAAGAUAUAGAUGAUUUGUCACUUGCUGAAUUGCAGAGCUCAUUGGUGGUGCAUGAAUAG